AUGUUGAGAAUACUGAUACCUCUUCUAUUUUCUGUUGAAUUUGGUCAAAGUCAAAAAUCUGAUGUUAUUGUUUCGAAUGAUGGAAGUACUUCAUUUCCUCAAGAAAUGAUUGAAUUUGCUAGACAAAUCAGCACUUUGUUGGUUUGAUUUUUUUUUUGAAAGAAGGUUUUUGUUCUUACUUCAGAUUCUAUAAACAAUCAUUUCGAAAUCACCCGGAAGCUCGUAAUUCAAGCAACGAAUUGAUGAGUCAUUUUAGAAAGAGGUUUUUUGGAACAAUUUGUGACAAAAAUGUCGAUCGCGGUUAGAAAGCUUUAUUUUCACAGAGAAACUUUUUUUAUUUCAGAUGAAUUUAUUGAAUAUUUGAACAGGCAAAGAGAAUAUCAUGAUAUUGAUAAUGAAAUCGAUAAUCAGGUGAAUAUAAUUUUCAAGAUAAUAUCCCAAUUCUAAAUAUGUAUUUUUCUAAUUGUAAAUUCCAGAAAGUAUCUUUCCGAAUUAUUUCAACCAGACCCAGUCUUAUUUUCAAUAUUCAUUUUAAUGUGACACAUUUAAUGGAUGUUAUUAAUGAUUUGAUGUUGAAAGUGGAUGCUGAUUUGAAUUCAGAAGGUUUGUGGCAAAUUCGAGAAGUUCGAAUUGGUGGUAGUUGUUUUGAUUCGGAACAUUUUGAUCGAAAUUUUUUAUAUUCGCAUAGAGCGACAAAAGUGAAAACUAAUAGAACUGUUGAUGAAAUUAUUAAAUAUUACGAAGAAAGGUGAGAAUUGGUUUUGAAAAAUUCUGAAAAUGUGGAAAAUUGAAUUACAAUAAGAAUAAUUCAGCAUAACUCAAAUUAUAAAUGAUCAGUAUAUAAUUUCGGGUUUGGAAGGGAUCGUUGAAAAUGAUCCGAUGUUUACUGAAUCAUAUAAAUUGGACGAUUUUUGGACUUUUAUGAAAAUAUUCAAUGAAAGAUAUACAAUUUCAAAUGAUACGGUAAACAAAAAAUAUCUACAGUAAUUCAAUUCCUUAUUUUUAGUCCUGUUCAUUUGGAAAAGCUCAAACAGUUGUGACAUUGAAAGAAGAAGAUCAUGUUAUUAUCAGAAUUCGAAAAGUUGUCAAAUAUCUUUUGACUGGAACAAAUGAUCUUUGGGAAUUUCAAUUGGAAGUUGUUAAGGUAUUUAGAAUUAAGAUAUUUGUUGAAGAAAAAAAAACUUAAGUUUAGGACAAAACUGCGAUCCGUGAUUGGCAAUUGAUUCGAAUGUAUCUUCGACCAAUGUAUUCACUUCCAAAUCGACCAAUUUAUGAAUUAACAAACUCAACAAAAAAAGAGUCAGUUCAAAGAUGUGACAAAGAUUUUAUUUGUUGUAUUAAUUUUUCAGAUUCCAAAGAAUUCUAACAUCCGUUCAAACCAAAACUUUAAAACCAGAACUUCUCAAAAAUGUGGCAUUAUUCCGAACUUGUUCGAAUUUAUAUACUUCCGGUAGAGUUUCAGCUAUGUCUUCAGUUUUACACAUAAUUUCAGAUUUCGAAAAACUAGAACUCAAUAUUUUUGGCGACCAAAAAAUGAGUAAAACUAAAAAACCAGAGGUUCUCAUUAAAGUUCUGGGAUCGGAUAAAAAAUAUGAGCCGAACAUCAAAUUCAAAUUGAGUGUGAAAGUUUAUUCGGAGAAAAAUGAGGAAAACAAGACUGAUUUCUUGUUUUUCACAGAAUAUGUGAGCUUUUAUGAAGCCUCAUUUUCAGAAAAUUGUUGAAAAUUUUUAGAACUACAAAUUGGAUUCGUAUAACAUAAGAAGCAUUGUACAAGCAUGUGAUCAAUUCGGAGAUCCUACAGUAACCAAUUAA